UGUAUAUGUUUUGUGGUCUAUAUGUUUUAUGCGAUAAACUACGGCAUUAGACGCGGUUUUUCAUAAUUUUUUGUAAUUUCCUAUCUUUAAUAACUUCAAAAUGAAGCUAGUCAGAUUUUUGAUGAAAUUGAGCCACGAAACUGUGACAAUGGAGCUGAAAAAUGGUACCCAGGUGCACGGCACGAUUACAGGCGUUGAUGUAGCCAUGAAUACCCAUCUGAAGGCUGUUAAAGUUACGGUGAAAAAUCGAAAUCCAGUCACUCUAGAUACACUCACUGUUAGAGGUAACAAUAUCAGAUACUAUAUCUUACCAGACAGCUUACCUCUAGAGACUUUGCUUAUUGAUGAUACUCCAAAAGCUAAGGCAAAGAAAAAAGAAUCUGCCAGGGGAGCAACUAGAGGUAGAGGUAGAGGAAGGGGUAGAGGAGGGCCUAGAGGAAGAGGUAGAGGCAGAGGAAGAAGAUAAAUUGAAAGUGAAAAAGAUGCAGCGAUUGAUUAGAUUUAAGUUACACUGAUUUUGUGCGAUUGAACAUAUACUCUAUUUCAUAAGUAUCAUCACAGCUGGUUAUCUAGUAAUAUUUCAAAUUUCCCGAUAUCGGCAAAUGACCCAUAAUUCUGAUGGAUCCAUCAAUCCCAGAAAGACAGAGCCAUAUUUUGUUGUUGUUUGUAAAGUCUUUUAUUUAGAGUAGUUCAUUUGCAUGCAAAAAACAAAACGCUUCAAACAAUUUUUUGCUAGAUUUACACCCCAUUCAUUAUAGCCUAUGUUAGAGACUAACACAAAAAUGUCACUAGCUGAUCAGCUGUUCACCUCAAUAGACAUCAAAACAUGAUGGAUACUCAUGAAAUAGGGUGUAAAAAGUCUGAUUUUUAUUGACUUCAGUAUUUAGUACAUGAUAGUCUACUUUUCCUUCUUAUAAUCCUGUUAGUCUAUAUUUAAUACAGUAAUUCCUGCAGUGUUGUUAAAUCCCAAAACCAAAUUUAAUCAGCAUUUUGUAUAAAAAAUAAUUGAAAUUGACAUUUGUAGAUAUGAUCAUAAUUAUAAAUUCUUUCAAAUCUGAUCAAAUAAUAUUGUAACAUAAGACACUUUAUUAUGAAAGAGAAAAACUUGCAUGAUCUACUAAUUUCCUGGAGUAGAUGUUAAUUUAUAUCAGGGUAGGCGAACCUUUAUGCAUCAACGUGCCAUUUUUUUAAAGAAAUGUUUAAUGAUGUCAUAGACUAAUAAUUUUGACUUAGGAAAAUUGGGAAAAUAAUAAAAAUAAAUAUUAUCAAUUCUUUAUUUGCUAUAAAAAAUAUAAAUUUUGCGAUGUUUCAAUUAAAUUCGUAAUUUCAGUUAAAGUAAAAUUAGUGUGACUUCUGUUGUUGCAGAUUAGAUGAUGAAUAAUUUAUAUCAGGGUUGUAAGAUGUUACUUUUAGCAGAAUGCAUGCUGAACUGCAUUCGUCUGUUAAUGGUUUCUAACCGAGUCUUUAAUAUUGUUCAUUUCUGAAAAUAAUGACUCGCAAGCAUAUGUAGACGAAAAUAUCGUUAAUAUAGUAUGAGCCAGCUUCUUCAAACAGUUAAAUGUGUUCGGUAAUGCAUUCCACGUUUCCAAAAUUUUGUUUACUAGCAUUUUCACUUAUAUCACUUGUCAAUCUUUCUGUUUCUAUUAGUUCUAACUUUAUCCUUGUUUCAAUAUAUUUUUGAAUCCAUAUUGGACUGGAAAUCAAUCAGAUGUAUUUCGAAUUCUUCGAUUUCCAACCAAUCGAAUUGGGACAAGUUCAAUUUAUUAAAUGACGUCACGUCAGGGAACAUAAUAAACUUGCUUAUUACCGAUAAUCGCUUUAACUGCGUAAAUCCCGCUGAAAAUUCCUUGAUUGAAUAAUCAAUCAAAUACAUAAAUUCUUCAGUAACUCUUUCUUUGUCUGGUGUCUUGUGUAUAUCUAAAUCGUUCAUAUAUUUUUUCAGCUUUGGAAAAUACUUGUAAAUUCUUGUGAUAAUAUCGUUCCUGAAAACUUGAACUUUAGCCUCAAAAGCGCGCAUCAGAUCUACCAUAACAAUAAUUGUUUUGGUUUGCCUUCAAGCUUCACGUUUAGCGUAUUUAAAUGUUGGCAUAUGUCUGUAAAAGACAUCAAUUUUGAAAACCACACAACAGCGAACAAUUGUGGGUAUUGUUCAAUUCUCCUCUCAUUUUGAAAAAAACAGUCUGAUUUCGUCCAAGCAAUUAACAAAUCUUUCAAUUUCGUUUCCGCGGCUAAACCAGCGAACAUUAUUAUACUAAGCCAUUGUACACUGAGUUGACUUCAUCCACCAAAGCAUCGACUUUCGCUUGUUUAAAAGCCUGUGACGAGAUGUGGUUGACUAUUUUUGAAACUCCGCUAGUAUGUUAUCAAGAGAUGUUAAACCACUCUUAGCACACAAGGCUUGUUGGUGAAUGAUGGCUCACGACGUUUUAAAAAACCUCUACCUACUUGCGUUCGCUCGUCAUAAAAUAAAUACCUACCUAGUUUACACUUUUUCUCUUAAUGCACAAUGAUUUAGUGACUGGUGAUAUGCCCAAACUAUUGUGUUGCGUGCCAUCAAUGGCACGCGUGCCUUUGGUUCGCCAUCCCUGCUUUAUAUGAAUAUUUUUUGUACUAAAAUACAAUCUGUAGAUGUUCUUGGAUAUUGGAAAAAAAUGAAAAAAACUUUUUUUUAUUAAAAAAUGCUCUUGAUUUAGAGAACCACCCAAAUUCAACAGCUAAAUUAAGACAGAUACACUACCUUCCAAAUGUAGCUACCUGUAUAAAAAAAAUUUAAUGGCUUGUACAAUCUAGAAGUUUGCACUUGUAAAUUGUCUUUGCUUAAGAUAUUCUUUUAGAUGUAGAUGUUUUAGUUAUACACAUUACAGUUUACUUAAAAAUACAGUGAUUUUGCCAAAGAUAGGGAAAACAA